AUGGCCAAAGUGAACGUGCCCUGCCUCAACAUAGCUCUGAUCUCCGAACAACGGUCAAAUUAUCUCCGACUCGGUUAUUCAGAAGAGCACUGCGCGGCUCUCACGCACGAUGGAGAAAUCCAAGCCGUCUUAACCACACUCGAAAAGCUGGGCCACUAUGUAACUCUGGUACCAGGAAUCCAGUCGCUAGUCCAGCAACUAGCGGCCGGUAAGAAUAAGGAAUGGGACCUGGCGUUCAAUAUGGCACAAGGCUUUCGCGGAUCAGCAAGAGAAUCGCAAGUUCCCGCACUCCUGGAAGCAUAUCAAAUCCCUUGCACAUUCAGCGACGCGGCAACGAUGGCGUUAUGCCAGAACAAAGCGAACACUAAGAUCAUCCUGGACCAUCAUAAGAUUCCGAAUGCCCCCUUCUCGGUGAUCCCAGCCCUGGAGCGGGCGGUGGGCUUCUCCAAAUUCACCACAGCAUUGCAAUCUUAUCCACUCUUUGUUAAGCCGGUCACCGAAGGAUCGUCCAAGGGAAUCGAAAACUUCAACAAAGUGAACGAACCUGCAGAGUUGGAGUUGGCGAUGCAGAAACUAAGAUCCAAAUUCCCGGGUCAAGAUAUCUUGGUGGAAUCCUUUCUGUCAUGCCGGGAAUUCACGGUGAGCAUUUUGGGAACAGGCUCGUACGGCCGGGUGGUUGGCAUUAGAGAACACAUCUGGCAGACGCCUUCCAGCCACAGCAACAAUAACGGCUACCGCUCCAACCUGUCUUUAGACUUUGCUAGCAGAACGAGCAAAUCCAGCAAGGGAGAUAAGCGGUUGGUCUAUAAUGACACUCACGACAUGACCGAUCCUCAAAUCAAAGCUGCCUGUCAGGUUGCUUUGGAUACAUGGAAUGUCUUCAACUGCCAGGAUUCUGGGCGUGUCGACAUUAGAUUUUGCUCCCACAAGCCAGACUCCGUGCCUAAUGUACUAGAGGUGAACCCUAUUGCUGGCCUCCUUCCAGGCCAUUCUCCUUUACCUGCGACAGCCAAGAGAAAUGGAUUCUCAUUUGAGGAGCUCUUAAUUGGAAUUAUUGAAAGCGCUCUAAGACGAAAAUACCAAAUCGAUUCUCAUUAG